AUGAUUAAUACUGUAACGGAGAAGAGCUCAAAUAGUAUGGAAACCAACGCCAUGGUAUCAUUUUUAGCCGAAACUGUUUCGUUUUGUUUUAAACUUCUGCCAUUCCUUCGAAAUCCUGAAAGAAUAAGAAGAUGUAUAAAUUUCUUUGGAGAAGAAGCUUUUGCACCGAAAACGGAUCAAGAGCAAAAAAUUCUAGACGAAUGUGUGUGGAUAUGUCGCAGAAAUUCAAUUAUUUAUUUUUAUGGUAUAUUGGCAACUGCCAUUUGUUGGAAUUUUCCUGUGCUGUUUAUCGAAGGACGAAAACUUCCGUUCAGUCUUUGGUUACCAUACGAUCCCUCAUCCACAGCUUUCAACUACUACAUUACGUUUACUUUUGUUGUUACAGCAUCAUUCUAUGAUAGUUUUUCUGGAACCAAUGUUGAUCCACUGAUUGGUGGUCUGGCCUACCAUGCUACAGCUCAAUUAAAGAUUCUAAAACAUAACUUACAACAUAUUGACAAACACGAAGAUUACACUGUAUGCAAAUGUAAUAAAUAUAUCAUAGAAUAUCACUGUGUGUACAAACAUCUGGAACGCUGUAUCACUCACCACAAGAAAAUUUUAUGGUUUAUAGAUGAAUAUGAAGAAUGCUUCUCCUGGAGUAUAUUCUGCCAAUUUGCAGGAAGUCUCUUCGCUAUAUGUUUUUGUUGCAUAGGCUUGAUACUUGUACCUAUAAACAGCCUAGAAGGAUUUUCCUACAUUACAUUUAUUAUUGAUAUUAGUUUCCAAAUAUUUUUCUAUUGCCACUAUGGUACACUACUAUAUGAGGAAAGUAAUGAUUUAAACAACGCCAUUUAUAUGGGACCGUGGUACAAAUGUGACAUUAAAAUUCGACAAAUUUUACUAAUCUUAAUGGAACGAGCUAAACAGCCAGUGCUUAUUACUGCAGGGAAGGUAGUAGAUGUUACAGUUAGAACAUUUCUAUCGGUUUUGAAAACAAGUUAUUCGUUAAUUGCUGUUUUAAAUAAUUAUGAAUAA